UAGACACGACCGCUGGAUGCUGUUCCAUUAGUUACACUGAAUUCGAUUUCGCUACUAGCUCCCACCACCCGGGCUUCUGUAUAUCAAACCCCUGCAAAAAAACCCCGCCUAGAAGGUCAAAGCACUGCGUUGAUGGAUUUCCAGAGAGCCACGAUGCCCAGACCAACUCAGUCAGCCGUUCUGAUAGCAGAAAACGAUCCUGAGGUGAUCGGUGAACCUGAGGGCGAACGAUUGACCAAUAUGGGCUCCGAUCCUACAACUGACCAGCUCCUCCUCAUCCCACAUACCUCCAAUCAGCCACUUGUAUCCCGCUCUUCCGACCUUGGCACAAUGCCCGUCCUUAAUCACAACUUGCAACAGAACGACUACUAUUAUACGGAGGGAGGGUUUCCAAGUGCACGUAAUAUUAAUGAACAAAAUGGACAUAGAUUCAAUAACGCCAGAGGAGGAGAUGAAGGUUACUGGAAAUCUUUCAGGGCAGAGAAUGGUCAAGUCCAGCAAAACGGUAUGACAUUUGAAUAUUCGAUUGGCGGAGACAGUGGCACAUGGGUGGACAAUACCACAGGCGCGAACGGCGCUCAGAGGAAUGGACAUUCGUACUAUCAUUCUUCUGGUGGAAACGAUGGUGAGUGGGAGGCCUGCAAGGCUGACGGAGGCCGUCAGCACAAUGGCUCUGAGUUCUACGACUCUUCGGGUGGAAAUCGCGGUACCUGGAGAAACAAUGAAGCAUCGGGGAAUGCCCGUCAGCUUAAUGGUCAUGUCUUCUCAAACAAAAGCAAGGGUGGGAAUAAUAGCAGGUGGGUUGGAGGGACGGGCUGAGGGACAUUCUAGGCGUUACGAAGUUCGGAUGGAGCGAAAUCCUCGGGCAAAGUAUGGGCGAUGAGUUAGGUGUAGUACCCCAAGAUAGGGCUCAAUGGGAAACCUAUUACAACAGCCUUGGCCACAUGUUGAAUGCUAAUAAUUAAGGCGGCCA